AUGAUUCAGUUCGGUCGCCGUGCUUCCGCCGCGCCGCGCACUCAUCGCAACACCGCCGCGCGCACAUUACGUCCACACUGCCACUGCUGCAUCGGCUGCUCGGCUCCGCGCGCGCGUUUCCAGUUUCCAGCCGGCCACCGGUAUUUUUCUCCCUCGUCGCUGUUCAGUCGCGCGCCGUCCUCAGUCCGUGUGCCAUCGUCCCUMCUGCUGCACGCCCGGCGUGCACGUUCCGAUCCGAUUUUUGAAUUCUUGUUUCCGUCUACCGGACGUUUAGGUUUGGCUACGUGGUAACGAAUAACUAUAAAAAAAUCUAAAAUAAUACAUCAGCUAGAGUGCACACCACAUUUUACUUCGACCUUCUGCGUCACGUUCGACUCGUAACCGCAAUGUACGUAACCAUGCUCGCUGUGCCCACACACAGUUAAAAAUUCCAUAAGUCGUAUACGUUUGUUUGGUAGACUGUUUUUAGUUUUUAAAUUUUAUUUCCCGCUCUUCRAAUAGCCCAUUGCGCCCGCUUGAACCGUUCCGAACGAUAACAACGAUGGCUGCGUUCGGCCCCAAAAGAACGUUAGCGUUUAUUGUGUUGUUGGUGUUGUGCGACGGAUUAGUCGUUUCGGCAUCGUAUGGCGGUUCGUUUGUGAGUUUGGUGAAAGUCGUCAACCACACAAAGUUCACCCAGGAUGAAACCAAAGAUUUGUAUGUCAAUUUGACAGUCGGCAUGUUUGGACAAGGACUCAAUGAAAACAUAAAAAUCAGGCCCACCUCUAAAAUUGCAUUACAUGGUACUGAGUGUUAUAAAAACCAUCCGAUGAAGAACAUUGAUUCUGACAACCAUAUUUUCAAACAGUUGUGGACAAAUGGUACAUAUUUGUUGAUGAGCAUCACGUUAAAGUUUKAUCGAGACUUAACUACACGAAACGUAUACUUGUGCCUUUAUGAACCRCGUAAACCACCUAACGGACUGGCCUCGUUGCUGUGGAGYGUUUUCAGUGGUGCUGGCGACGACAGUGAUGGUCGAUGGGUGAACCAGGGUGAUUUGGUUGCGAUUAGAUCCAAUGAAAUGGUAAAACUCACCGACAAUUCAUUGGAUUCGUUGCUAAGCAGYCUCUAUUUUGCAUUGUGUUCUAUAAAAGUUCCUAAUAUAGUAACUAUUAUACCAAACGAACCAAACACUGUUAAAAUAAAUAUCAUUUUGCCGCAAGCCAGUAAAGCUGGUACGGUAUUCUACUUCUGUUCAAAAGAGAGCGAUAAGUCCGGUGCAAUUUGGACACAUAUGGGUAGCGAAUAUUAUAAACAGAUGGGAGUGUACGAAAAAAUGCUACCUUUCUGGCUGCAGGUUGCUAUUAUUCUCACGUGUUUAUCAUUCUCAUCCCUUUUCUCCGGUCUAAACUUGGGUCUGAUGUCGUUGAAUCGAAUGGACCUGAAGAUCAUUUGCAACACGGGUACAGAGGCAGAACGAAAAUACGCCAAAGCUAUAUUGCCUGUGCGUAUUCAUGGUAACUACUUGCUAUGUAGUAUUCUAUUGGGCAACGUCAUGGUCAAUUCGAUAUUUACCAUUUUGUUGGAUGACUUGACGUCCGGCUUGGUGGCCGUAAUUACUUCUACUCUGGCCAUUGUCAUCUUCGGUGAAAUCACUCCACAAGCUGUUUGCUCACGUCACGGAUUGGCCAUCGGAGCCAAAACCAUUUACGUCACAAAAACCGUAAUGGUGCUUACUACCCCGCUGUCUUGGCCCAUCAGUAAGGCUUUAGACUGGGCUCUCGGCGAGGAAAUCGGUAGCACAUACAACCGAGAACGUCUCAAGGAAUUAGUCAAGAUGACUGGUGACGAAUACAACGACUUGGAAAAAGACGAAGUUAAUAUCAUUUCUGGAGCCCUCGAACUCCAUCGCAAAAAAGUCGGCGAUGUAAUGACCAAAUUGGAGGACGUGUACAUGCUGUCAUACGAUACGGUGUUGGACUUUGAAACCGUCUCAGAAAUCAUGAAAUCCGGAUAUUCGAGGAUACCCGUGUACGAGGGCAACCGUCAAAACAUUGUCACCAUGUUGUACAUCAAGGACUUGGCGCUGGUCGAUCCCGACGACAACACAUUGCUUAAAACGCUGUGCCAAUUCUACCAGAAUCCGUGUUAUUUCGUAUUUGAAGACACCACACUCGACGUACUGUUCAAGCAGUUCAAAGAAGCUUUGGCUAAAUUACCAAUCACUUCUAAUAACCUGCAUACCCUAUCCGACGGGCCAUUUACAUACUUUGGAUCGCAGGCCUUACACCAGAACAUCGGAAUCGGCGAGUCACCACCGUCCGGAGCCAACCCUACAAUGGCUAAUUCGACUGUGAACAACAUGGGCAGUAUACAGUCGGUCAACAUCGAUGCCAUGUUGCGUUACACUUUCGUGCCCGAUUACUCAGUGCGUGCCGUUACUGAAGUGAUGUAUUUACGUGUGAAACGUUCAUUUUAUAUGGCAGCUAAACGCGCUACGCUCAUGGAACGUUCUAAGAAAAUGUCAAACGCUGGUGAAUUCGACGAAGAAGUAGACAAGCUGUUCCAUACUUAUGGAGACGAAGAUCGCAAGAGUAUCCAAGGUUCUCCAGACGUCACUAGAAAUGCAUCUCAGACCACAGUACAGCCAUCUACAAUUUCGGCCAACUCAACAUCUCUUAACAACGCGGAACCUACUCAACCUGUAGCCGUAGCAUUCUCACGAACACCUCAAGGUACCUCUGAUGCAUCAGCUGAAGAAAAAAUCACACUUUUGGGCACAAACACGAUGGCCGCUACUACAAAAUCGGACGCUACUGAUCCAUCAUCUUAGGUCUAUCGAUAAUGAUAUUAAUUGUUAGUCUGUUCUUUUAUAAUUGUCAUGUUUUUUUUCUGCUUUACAUUAGAUUAAAUAACGUUUAUUUAGGGACGUACAUUACACCAUUGAUUGUUUGUUUAAUCAAUGAUUACACAUAAGCACGUAGCCGGUAUUAUUUAUAAGUUUUUUUUUAUUGUUAUGUGUUACGUAUAAUUUUUGACUUAGGUAGUUCUAGUCCAGCAUUAUUGUGUUCAGUAAAUGUCCAAAAAAUCCCAACAGAGUCUUUCUGAAUACGAGAGUCAAUCAAUAUAUGUAUCCAUUUAAAUUUAUUUAUGCUCUCUUUACCCUAGUUUAGGACAAACAUAGUAAUUAAACUGCCUUAACGGCUGCACACUGAUGACUCGACUCCCAUUUUAUCAUUCUAGUGACUAACUACUUCAACCAGCUUUUAUUUUAUUGUACUUUUUUUUACGAUUUAUAAUAUAAUUGCUUUGUUUAUUUCAUAUUAUUUAUAAAUAUAUACAUACUACACACCCAUUUAUAUAUUAUAUAUUAAUAUUACGUGUAUAAUUAAGCUUUGUGUCCCGGUGACGCGGAAAUCCGUUUUGUAUAUAUGCAAAAGCGAAUCUCCAAGGCUUUUCGUGUCUCUUAAAUUUUCAACCGAUUUACGACCCCUCAGAGUGAUCUCAGAGGUUAGCGAGUCCUCGUAUUUUUUGAUAUUAAUUUGUAUUAAAAAAUCGACGAAUCUAUGCAAUAUCGGUACUGUUCUUUCUUUCAUUCUUUUUUUAAUGAAAUAAGUAAUAUUUUACUUCUAUAAUAGAAUAAAAAAAAAAACAAAAUAAUUUAAAUUGAAACAUAACAUUAAAUCGUUUACCUUUAAAAUACAUUCUUCAACUUCGUUAUUACUUUUUUUUAUUAAUUUGAGUAUUACAUAUUGCUAUGUAUAGAAAUAUGUUCUACAAGUUUUUAAUUGACUUUAAAAUUAACACAGUAAGUGGCGUUUUAUAAUUCUUAGGAUUGCGCUCAAAAAUUAAAGUCUAAGUAAUUAUAGGUUAUAAAAAUAAUCGGAAUAACGUUUGGUGACUCGUUACAGAAUAUUUAGCUUCAGAGUUGACUAGUCUUUUUUAAGCUUACUGUUCAUUUUAUAUUAUGAUAUAAUAUAAUAUGGUGAUGUUCAUUGACAAAAAAAUUUAAGAAAAAGAAGAAUAGUUGGAACAAAAAUAAUUAGUUAAUGUGGAAGGGGAGAAGUGUAAUGUUGGGAGUUUAUAAACAUAUAUUUAUAUAUAAUAAUAAAUUAUUAUUGAUAAUAUUAUAAUUAUUAAUGUUUGUAUACUAAA